AUGUGUGACGUGUACAGGGUUUCGUCCUCUGUCAGAGUGGAGCAGAUGGAGGCAGAGCUGUCGCAUCAACUCUCAGAGCUCAGGGCGGAAAUUGAGCAGAAUGGAUUUCCACAUGGAGCAGGGACUUCCAGACCGUACAGCUCUGUUCUGCCUCCAAAAGAUAUUUCCUUCUUCCGUGUGGAGAGAGAACACGCACUGAGGAGAGGGCUUCAGGUGGCCGAAGCUUUGCCAGUUCAAUCUCAGGCUGACGUGAUGCAGAGAGAGCUGGAGAGUUGCUUGAGUCUUGAGUACACACCUGAGAGUCUACCUCCUCUCCUGCACCAGUUUUAUACGGACAGAUCAUAUAACUUGGCUCAGAUCAAAUAUCUGCUCAUGCUGAGAUGGAGGAGAUUUUGCCGCCACACCAGCGUCAUUGAGAAGCUUUAUCCUUAUUACAAGGAUCAGGUGUCAUAUUUGACGAGUGAGUACGAGGACGCUGUUCAGAGAGCUCGCAGACUGUCAGCGAGCAGAGAGAAGAUCCUGACCGGCCGAGGAAAUCCGGCCAACCUGCUCACUCAGGACGAUGUGGCUGUCUACCUCCGGUGGCUGGUCUGCCACCUGCACUCUGUUCAGACCAUUCACAGCUUCCUCAGGGUGCUGCAUUAUAUACCAGCUUGUGAAAGGGAAGAUAAAGAAUUUCAGCCAACCAUCACAAAGGCAAAGGAUCAACAUGUUGAUGGAGUUUCAGGACAAGCAGAAACUGUUCCCCUGCUCUCUGUUCACCUGGAGGCGUUCCUACCUGAGCUGCAGUCACUAAUCACCUACUUCCACCUGCCAUACGACACUGGAAAACUCAGGACCACUGCAGAUGAGAUGGAGUUUUUCAGCACGGUGUGGAGGGAGUUCAGAACAAUCUUCAGGCGACAAGAGCAGAUGAAAACAUUUCCUCAGUACGAUGGUACGGAGGCCGCAGAGAGCCAGUGGGGGAGGAAAAGCGCGAGCAUGGCUCUGAGGAAGGAGGCCAACUGGAUCCCUUUCAUUCAGGUGAAGCCCAGACGGGAUCCAUGGCAACAGAAACUUGUCAUGAACCUUAAGGAAAAGAAAUCUGUGGACGAGCUGCUGAGGAUGCACUGCAGGUUUCUUCAGGUUCCUGAUCUGCUCCACGUAGCUGCAGCUCUAAAAGACCACAGCGCUCAUGUUAGUGAUUCACAAUCUACAUCGCCCUCAUCCGUCUCACACAGCAGUAAAACAAGACGACAAAAGGUCUCCGAGAUCUGGACGAGUAUUUACAACGCUGCAAGUUUAACUCAGGCACGUAUCAUCCGGUUUUCAGCUCAGAGAGAUGGGAAUGACGUCCUUGUUUUCCUCAGUUCUGCCAAAAUGUUAAAUGUGACAUUUGUAUUGUUAGGAAACACACAGUUACUCCUCCACAUCCAGAGGGAGAGGAGGCACCACCAAAAGGAGUUUGAAGACUACUGUUUCGAGGACAGCCUGCAGCUUCUGGGUCUGGAUGACAGUUUAGAGGAAGGAACGUCAGAUCCCGUCGUAACCAGGGGCGCUUACCUGUCCCUGAUUUACCUGCGUCACCUCAAACUUAGAGAGCUCCAGCGUGUGUCUCUGGGGAUGCUGAACUACCUGCGCUCUCUGGAGAGGACUUUAACCUUUGACCUGGCGGGUCUGCGGCUGGAAGAAGGACAGCUGUGCAGCACAGCGGAGGACACAGCCUGGAUGAAUGCAGCCAGAGGAGGAAGAGGGGAGGCGGGAGGUCUCGGCUCGCUCCAAUACAGCAACAACUCUCCUGUGGACUACAAGGUUCACUGCUCAGAGUUUAUGGAGUUUGCAGAGGUGGAGAAUCUUCAUGAUUUUUACAGCACUGAGGAGCGUUUCGUCCACACUCAGGACCAGAGAGGGUUUUACAUCGUGUACGAUGCUGCUCUGAAGGACCUGGACACGCUGGAGAAUGAGCUUCUUCUAGUCGGCUCACAUUUCGUCCAGAGGAGGAGGACAGAGAAAAUGGGAAAAGCUCAGGAAGCAUCGGCCUCGACGGCAGACAUCCACUCCUGGGCCGGAACAGAUGUGGACCGAGUUGCAGUGCUUCUGGACUUGUGGACGUGUGAAGCAGAGUUUUUGGAAAGCAAAGUACAGCUCAUGGAUUGUUACUGCGAAGCCUACCAGCAUGCAGCAGGGGCUGAGGAGAGGUUUGCGCUGGCCCAAGUUAUCACUGACAUCAUGCACAGCAGACCACAGCUGGACCUGAACCAGGAUUACUUUGUUCAGGCCUACAGAGCUGAGAUAGACUGCCUGCGAAGUCACCAGCUGCUGAUCAAAGGCGUUCUGGAUAAUCAGAUUGAAAAACAGCGGCAGUACCUCCAACGCAUCUGGAGAGACGAUCGUAAAGGCUCCCUUCAGGACUACGGCCUUCCGCUGAACUACGUUCCCAAACACAGGGUCUCACUUGGAGGCAGCAGCCCCGCGCUGAUGAGCGUAUUCCUCCUGGAGGUUCACCCAUCCCUCUGCCUGGCCUCUGCAGUCUAUCACAGUUUAGUCCAGGCUCACACGGAGCUCUGUCAGCUGCACCGAGCCACGAGCGUCUCUGACAAACUCACCCUGCAGCAGAAGUUCCUGCAGCAGGCCCUGCAGAGCUGGAACAACCUGGUUUCACUUGGAGCCUCCUACAGCUCCCAGAUACAGAAGGAUUUGUUCUCUGAUGUGUUUGUCGAGGACCCAAUUUUGGUCCAAAAGGUGGGACUGUCAUUAGUGAAAUCUGCAGAGGAGAAGGACAUGAAGCAGGGACGAGAGAAACGGUCGUAUUCAGUGGAAACUUUCUCCAAGCUGCUGGAGCUCGUCACCAUCCGCCAUCGACUGCUGGAGUCAGCCUCUGAGACGGCACACCUGGCACAGUUGUACAGAAACGUGGCCUCAGAGCUCAGCUUCAAUGAGUUCCACCUGUAUCUGAGGCCGGUGCAGUUUGAGGUCGCUGAACCGAAAGACCAAACAGAGCAGAGGCCUGUUUUUAUCACAUCGGUGCUGGAGGAUGACACUUCGGUGGACAGGUUCACCCCGUCCCACCUGCCUCUGACUAUCCAGGAACUGGACGAGAACCAGCUCGGGAGGUUUAGCUUCGGCUCAGAGGAGGCACUCAUUCACCUUAUGAACAAAGAGAGUAUCGAGAACCUCCAGGUGACUCUGGCCUGUCAGGUCACACAGAAGAACGCCUUGAUCAGUGCUGUGAAAGUGGCUUGUCUCUGCUAUUGGGCAGAAAGUGUGACAUCGUCAGCUGAGGGCAAAGAAGCCCCUCAUUCUGAUAAAGAUGUUCGGUCCGACUCCAAACUUGGAAGCGCCACUGACAGCCUGCAGGAAAAAUCAAGCUCUUUGCCCACCACGAGAACUCCCACCACCACCAAGGACAGGCUGAUGGAAGCCUUUGUGUCCAUCCAGCUGGAAAAAGUGGGUCUGCGUGAUGAGAUGCUGAAUUCAUUUGUGAAGAAGAAGCAGGCCGUGGGGGAUCUGAUAAAAACCCCAGAGGAAGCAGCAAAGAUCAAAAGGAGCCUCAUAAUCGACUUUCUCAGGAAAUUCAACACAAAGAUAUCUCAGUAUUGUGUGAGAGCGCAGAUUGUUGCGUAUUACUACAGUCUAACCUCUCUUUUGGACGACAUCCCUUCCGUCCGUCAGUCCCACUUCAUGACUGGACAAACCAGCCAGCCCAAAGUCAUUUCGGAUUCAGGAGCUGACCUUUGCCCUGACCCCAGCACCUUUCAGGUGCCGCAGUUGUUGUCUGCUGACGGCAAAACUCUCCUUAACCUGUGGGUCAUCCCUCACGUCUCUGAAGUGCGUCACAUGUUCAAGACGCUGGAAGUUUCGGCCUGUGCCACAGCUCUCCAUCACACUCUGCAGAUAGUUUCAGCUCUUCAUGACAUUAUUUAUUACCUGGUGAGUUUCUUCAGACUUGGAAACACUGAAAACGCCACGAGAGGCCACGGGGCACCGGGUUCACAUCGCGUGGCUGACUGGGGAGGCACUGAGGGCAUCGGAGCAGAGCUGCUGGAGAUCCAGCGACAGGUUGACUGUCUGCCUGAUCCCAGCAGCCCGGAGUCUGUGGGUCGUCUGCUGCAGCUGCGCAGGCAGGUCCUCCUGUUGCAGUUUGACACUGCUGUCAGACACCUCAUCAGAGAGGCCUUCCUGUCUUCUGGUGAUGUUGCUUCUUACCAGACUGUGAGUGACAACAUGACGACGGCUCUCCCUCUGCUGAGUGACAGCAUUCAGACCAACGUGUUCAGUCUCACGCUGCCUGUUCCUUCACCUCUGGAGACUCGAGGCUGUCAGGCACAGAGGAUGUAUUCAUGGAGAAGUUUCAUUGCCUGUCAUGGAUUGUUCCCUCUGCAUGUCUGGGACAUACCAUCCAUCGAAUACUGCAUGCAGCUGUGUCUGAGCGGUCUGAGUGGCUGCAGCAGACUGCAGGCCAAUGCGGCGAUCCUCGGAGUGUCGCUGCUCAUGGAGGACGUCCUGAACAGUGGACGAGACGCAGCGCCCGUUCGUCUCCAUGGCAACAAAGAUGACACUCUGCAGGACGGAAAACCUAAUGAAGUAAGAGACUGUUUUUAAGAGAAUAAAAGCUGCUCAGAAGCUGAGGUAGAAGAGAAGAAGACUUGUGCGACAAACUCCACUCCUCCUCCUCAGGAUCCGGUCCGAGUCCAGUCUGUGCUGAAAGGCUUCCUCCUGCUGACGAAGCAGCUUCAGGUCUUCAAGGAGAGCUGGGCUCUGAGAUGUCUGGGCCCUGAGACAUUCAGCACGCCCAGUUUGUAUCAGCAGUUUGUGAAACUCUACAGAGCUGAAAUCUUUUACCCCAGUAUGAAAGCUCUGGCUCAACAAAUGGGUAAAGAACGUGACUACGAGGUCUUGAUUUCUGGCAGUCAGUCUCUCCUGCCCCCUCCUGGAGCUUCAGAGGUUGAUGUGAAAGCCUGGCAGCUACACAGGCUGCUGGAGAGCACAGAGUGUGACAUGAUCAAGGCAGUGCAGAGGAAGAUCAACAGAGACCUGAGCCUGGUGGUUUCAGAGCGCACUCGGCAGGAUACUCGCCUCCCAACAGAACUGUGGAAAAAAGCCCAGCUCAAGCACAUUUUGUCCCCUGAGCGGCCGCAGAUUGUGGAGACGUUCAUCCAGCAGCUGAUGGAAGGAGCUGAGCAGGUGGAGGGACAGGUACUGAAGGUCUCUCAGGAUCAUCUCCAGCAGUGUUUCACUCAGCUCGGCUCUUCUCUGAUGGAGCGAGAGCGUCGCAGCUUCCUGCUUUACUCACACUUCUAUGAGCAAAUCCUGCAGCAGGAGACGCAGCUUCUGUACCGGAGAGAACAGGAUUUAAAGAAUCUUGAGGAGUCUCAGUCAAGCAAAUCUCACAAAGAGGUGUCUGUUUUAUGUCGUGGGAUGAUGCUGGAGGUCUCAGCCCUGCAGGCUCGAGUCGCCCACCUCGAAGAAGAGAAGCGUUCUCUAGAAGAACAACUCAGUCUCAAGUUUAAAGAGCGUUACGACCCUUUGGUCCGACAACUCUUUUCCACCUGCGUCCAGCUAAAGGCCAGAGCUGACGAGCGUCACCGGCAGGUGGAGCAGGAUGUGAGUGUGAUGGUGAACCGAAUAAGAGCGGAGGGAGUGGACAGAAUUAUAAAGCUCAAAAAGAAAUACGGCUGCACCAAAGACAACGAUGGACUCGCUCUCACACAGUUACAGAAGGAAGAAGUCCAUGAGUUGAACCUGGAGAACAGCCGGCUGACUGCCCUGCUCUGUAAACUGAAGGCUCUAAGUCGAUGGAGGCAGGUGGUCGACCAGGAGAAGCUUCACCGGCAGCUGCUUCAGGCUCAGCAGAGGGAGAUUAUCAGUCGCACCGAGGCCCUCAGAGUGAAGAUGGUAGCAGAGGAGGAGGUGGUUUUCCUGCAGGAGGAGCUGGACGCAGCCCGGCAGGUGCUGACCUGCUGCCAGGCCGAGCGCAGCCGCACCAAGAAGCUGCUCAGCAGGAAGACGGAGGAGCUCCAGGUGGCCAGGCAUCAGUCUGCACAGGAGGCCCGCAGCAGGCAGGAGCUGGACAGUUACCGAGUGCAGAGCCUGGAACAAAUGAGAGCUGACGUGGAGGACAGAGACAGACAGCUCAGGGCGCUCAGCGAGCAGCUGGACAGAGGCAGCAGGAUGAACCAGUUACAGAGGCAACGCAGUGCCAAAGAGAUCAGACAGGUGAGGAGCCAGCUACAUCAGGAGCGCUGCCUCAAACAAGAAGCCUUUCAGCAAGUGGACAAGCUCAAAAACCAGGUGAACGACAGGGAAGCAACUUUCUCCAGGUGCACCUCGACAACAGGGCAAAGCAGGACUUGUUACAUGCUGUCAGUCAGCAGAUUGAGCACUCGAAGUCCCUCAGCAGGUCUACACGGGGCCGGUCAGCAACAGUCCACCCUGCAGCUUGGCAGCCUCACAAACCACACUGCCCUUCAGGAUUUUGUUACAGAGCCAAGACACCAGAGAUCAGAAGCCGCCAGGAGUCAUUCAAACACGAGGACACACAGACCCAGAGCUGAUCCGUCUCGUGUGCGUGUCAUGACUGCAGAGACGCUGUUACCAAAGCUGUGAGAUGCAGUAAAUUACCCCCGAGUACUUUGUGGUUUCUGAGCUGACUGUUAAAUGCUGAUUUACUGUUUGACUCGCAGCUGUGUGUGAGCAAAGUCUAAUUUAU